AUGUUGAGAAAUAUGUGGGAGAAGCAACGUAUGACUGAUAAACUGGAAGAUACAAGCCUGCGUUUGAAGGAUGAGAUGGAUCUGUACAGGAAAAUGAUGGAUAAACUUUGGCAGAACAGACAUGAGUUUCAGAAGGAGCGAGAGGCCAUGCAGGAGCUGAUUGAGGACCUGCGGCGUGAACUGGAGCACCUACAACUCUUUAAACUGGAGGCUGAGAAGCCCGGCCGUGGCCGUAACGCCGCAGGACUGUCCGAGUACAAUGCCAAGACUCGAGAGAUUGAACUGGAGCACGAAGUAAAACGGCUUAAGCAGGAGAACCAUAAAUUCAGAGACCAGAACGAUGAUCUGAAUGGACAGAUUCUCAGCCUCAGCCUUUACGAGGCCAAAAACCUGUUCGCAUGUCAGACCAAGGCCCAGUCACUGGCAGCAGAGAUAGACAAUGCCUCCAGAGAUGAGCUUGUUGAAGCUUUGAAAGAACAAGAGGAGAUCAACUUCCGUUUAAGGCAGUACAUGGACAAGAUCAUCCUGGCUAUCCUCGACCACCUGGCUCUUUCAAGCUUUAUAAUGGCACUUGUUGAAGCUUUGAAAGAACAAGAGGAGAUCAACUUCCGUUUAAGGCAGUACAUGGACAAGAUCAUCCUGGCUAUCCUCGACCACAACCCCUCCAUUUUAGAGAUCAAGCAUUAG